UGGGCAGCACAUGGUACAUUCCCUCCUUUGUGACCUGCCCGCUGCCCAGUUUGUAUCCCGCCCGCGGAGCAUGCCGGGUAGUGUAGUUCUGUGAGCUCCUGUCCUGCAGGCUGGUGCGGGCUGCACGUGUAGCUGUGCACUCCAUGUCCCGGCAUGCCGCGCGCGGUGGAUGCUGUCGCUGUGUUGCGGGGCUCUCUGUGUUGCCAUGCCGGGGGCUCGGAUCGCUGCGGCCCGGGGUCUGGCUCGGGCAGUGAGGGGGUGCUGGCCCCGGGGGGUCCUGUGUUACAGCACUGCGGCGGGGGGGCCCGCGGUGAGCUCCCCGCUGGAUGGGAAGAGCCGGGAGAAGAUCCUCACCCUGCAGUCCAUGAACCCCCAGGUCCGGGCGGUGGAGUACGCGGUGCGGGGCCCCAUAGUGCUGAGAGCCGGGGAGAUAGAGAGCGAGCUGCAACGGGGUGUUGUGAAGCCAUUCCGUGAGGUUAUCAAAGCCAAUAUUGGAGAUGCACAUGCAAUGGGACAGCAGCCAAUCACCUUUCUUCGGCAGGUUAUUGCACUUUGUACCUACCCAGAACUGAUGGAUGAUCCUAGUUUCCCACUUGAUGCAAAACUCCGAGCAAGUAAGAUCCUUCAAUCAUGCGGCGGGCAGAGCCUGGGCUCUUACAGUUCCAGCCAAGGAGUGCGCUGUAUCCGAGAAAACGUUGCUCAGUACAUUAUGCAGCGAGACGGAGGCAUCCCUGCUGAUCCAGAUAAUAUUUAUCUAACCACUGGUGCAAGUGAUGGCAUUGCAAGUAUCCUGAAAAUCCUUGUGUCUGGAGAGGACAAAUCCCGGACAGGAAUCAUGAUCCCUAUUCCGCAGUAUCCCUUGUAUUCGGCUGCCAUAUCUGAAUUGGACGCUAUCCAGGUGAACUACUAUCUGGACGAGGAGAACUGCUGGGCGCUGGAUGUGAACGAGCUGCGGAGAGCCUUGUACCACGCCAGGGAUUACUGUAACCCCAAAGUCCUAUGUAUCAUCAACCCAGGAAACCCAACAGGCCAGGUGCAGAGCAGACAUUGUAUAGAAGAGGUGAUUCACUUUGCAUGGGAAGAGGGACUCUUUCUGUUGGCAGACGAGGUGUAUCAAGAUAACGUUUAUUCGGACAACUGCAAGUUUCACUCCUUCAAGAAAGUACUGUGUGAAAUGGGCCCAGAAUAUUUCACUAACGUGGAGCUUGCGUCUUUCCACUCUACUUCCAAGGGAUACACGGGCGAGUGCGGUUAUAGAGGAGGGUAUAUGGAGGUUGUGAACUUACACCGAGACAUCGCAGCUCAGCUGGUUAAAAUGCUGUCUGUCCGGCUCUGCCCUCCAGUCUCAGGACAGGCAGCUAUGGAUGUGGUCGUCAACCCACCAAAGCCUGAAGAGGAGUCCUACAAUCGUUUUAUCAGGGAGAAGGAAGCUGUUCUGUCCAACCUGGCUUAUAAAGCUAAACUAACGGAGGAAAUAUUUAAUCAAAUUCCCGGCAUUAAAUGUAACUCUCUGCAAGGCGCCAUGUACGCCUUCCCCAGGAUUUUCAUCCCCGAUAAAGCCGUACAGAGAGCUAAGGAACUCCGAAUGGCUCCUGAUAUGUUUUACUGUAUGCAGCUCCUGGAAGAGACUGGGAUCUGUGUUGUGCCAGGGAGCGGGUUCGGACAGAAAGAAGGGACGUAUCACUUUAGAAUGACAAUUUUACCAGCCGUAGAGAAAUUGAAGACAUUGUUACAGAAGGUGAAAGAAUUCCACAUAAAGUUUAUUGAUGAAUAUUCCUAAAUAGGGAUGGCAUCUCGCGAGAAGCACGAACAUACAGGACGAAGAUUGUAGGCUGACCGUUAGAACAUUUACUAAUCUCGAGCAAGUGUUGUAACUGUGUUAAUGCAUUUUUGCUCUACGAUGGACCAUUUUACCAACUUUCUGGAGAAAACAUUGAUAGAAUUGUUUUAUGUCAAACAGUAAAUUAGAAGUUUUAUUUAUGGGGCACUCUUCCUGGGGAACACAGUAAAUGAAAUGUAAUACAUGCUUUACUCCAUUUUCAUGUCUGAUAUGAAGUGAGUGGGUGGGUGGAUGCCGAGAAGUGUCUACAAAUUGCCUUUGGCAACAGAAAAACAGCUUAAAGUUUUACUUAUGGACAGUACUUGCUGAGGGAUACAGGUAAUUAAAGGUAUACAUUCUGUUUUUCUCCAUUCACAAACUAAAUGUGAAUGGGGGAGAGUGGUGCCAAGAAUUCUCUAAUAUUGUAUCUAGGUUUACAUUUUUAUAUAUCUUUACAAGUGUUUAGAGUACAGCCUAACAACAACUUUUUUUAUUACUAUUCUAUUAAGCUCUCUGUAAAUUAAAUACGUACAUCUCCAGCCUCAGA